AUGUCCUCGAUAGUAUCAACAGCGUUCAAAUUCACCAUCGAUUUGCUAGUCAGCAAAGUUAGAGAUAAGGCCGCAGAGAUUCUGAAAGAUGGCGAUGUAACAGAUCAAAAAUUCCACUCCCUGAUCGUCAAGGAAAUCGACGAAAUUAAGUCAAAGUUGGACGCGUUAUCGAAGAAAGAUUUAGAAGCGAGCAUCAGUUUCUUUGAGGAAGGAAUUGUGUUGUUGUAUGAAGUGUUUAAGAUAGCAAAUGCUAGAGGCGAGUGUGGCGCGGAAACAGCACAAGCAGCUUGCAAUGAAACAAUUCCCCUUAUUGAAGGAAUCAGCAGGUUAGAGCUUACUGGCCUGGAUGAAUCUGCUACGAGAAAGCUUUCCGCUGCAAAGGAAAGAUUCAAAGAUGCUCGAAAAGAAGCAACAAGGGCCUUUAAAAAUGAAGGCCUUAAAACAUCUGACCGCAUUCUGGCCAUGAAGUAUCGAGUCAUGGCGACCAUAUUAGAGACAGUAGACAAUCCCGCUGAUGCAGUGGGACCAUGUGGAGUGUGUGUAAAGGAACUAAACUCUCUGCCAGCAGUACAGAAUAACAUUGGUGUUCAGCUCAAGACAGGCAUUCAAGCAGUAAGAGGUUGGUUCAGUCAAGAGGAAAGAAGGGAAAUCAUCACCAGUGUCUGUCACGUGAAUCGUGUUAUCUACGAUGUUACGCGAACACUCGGUGGAGACACACACUUUUAUACCUGGUCCCCAGUUGAUAUUGGACACAACAAAAUCAAUCCAUUGUACGACGCAAGAGUAACCAAAGUACUUUUUCAACGAGACAUGGAGCACUGUUGUGUAAUACCAAGGUCAAUUGGUCGGGAGGGUGAGGAGGAACACAAGCUGAAGGACCCGAGAGGUAUCGCUACUAACUCCAGCGGAGAAUUCAUUAUAGGAGAUUGUGGAGGUUGCGUGAAGGUGUUUGACAGAAACGGUAAGUUUGUGAAACAUUUCAUUCUCCCUACCAAUACAAUGCCCAAUGUUCUAGAUGUAGCCACAGACACGAACGACAAUAUCUUUGUGCUGACCGCAUUGGAGAACCUUUGGUUAUCUUACAUGGUUUAUAAACUUACUAAAACCGCUGCCCUGCAUCGCAAGUUUCGUCUGAGGGGAGAGAGCUGGCAUUCGUACAAAGGACUGUCAGUCAGUGAUACAGGGAAAGUAGUGACACUGAGGUACGGGAAAACAGUGGAGGAAUAUGACAGUAAUGGAACGUUCGUUCGCAGUUUUGGAGAAGAAAUAUUGAAGUCUGCAAAGGACAUCACUGUUGCUAAUGAUGGCCGUGUUUUAGUACUAGACAUUGAUGAGGAUUCCUUCCUUAAUAUUUUUGACAAAGAAGAUUUCUCUGUCCACAUAUUCAGUGAACACGGCCACUAUUUGAACCAGUUUAAAGUGCAAAGAAAUUACUUCUAUUACACGAGUAUUACAUUUCACCCAGCAGGUGAACAUGUCGUCGUCGCUGGUAAAGAACCAGAUAGAAACCUCCUGGAGGUUAAAAUAUACAGCAAAGAUGGUAAGUUUGUUCGUAGUGUACAAAUCCAACAUGUGUUCUAUCAAGUAAAAGGGAUUACACUGAACAAUGACGGACGCAUUGUUGUUGUUGCAAGCCAAUAUGAAAAUAGCAAAGUAGUCGUUUUAUAA